AUGGCUAUCCGCGUUUUUGACAAGUUCUUCGACCUCCCCCAGGAGAUCCGUGACCAAAUCAUCUCAUACCUUUGCCUCCUCCCGAAUCCGAUCCAGGUAGGACCGACAGUCGACACAGAGAUACCCUUCCCGCAUGACCUGCUGCUUUCCCACCCACUUCUUUACGCCGCCGGCUCCGCCAUCUUCUACGAACAGAACCGUUUCAUCCUCAACCUCCGCGGCCGGCCCCGCGCCGCUCUCGAGCGCGCAAUCUGUGACGGCACGCCGUGGCUUCUGGGCAACACUAGAGCCCGACGCCGCGUCAAGUACCUAGAGCUCUCGCCCGGCCGCCUGGGAAAUGUAUUCCAGAGCCACAUAUCCCCAGCCGUGGCGGAUAUGAUUCUCAACGGCUCGCUGCGCCACCUCAAGCUCGUGCUGUAUCCCACGAGCACCGACAAGGUGGUCUUCAACCAUGAUGCCGUCGAUGCCCAAGGGCGGCGGGCGGCGAUGACGAGGCGAGACGAUGCCUUUACCCAGUCGAAGCCCUUCAAGGCCUUGCUGCGGUUACUUGCCGACCCGGAUCUGGAGACGGCGGAACUCUUUGUCGACCCUAUCCAUCGCGACUUCUGGUGCGAUUUUCAUGAGGGAGUGGCGUGCUGUAAGGGCCAUCCCAAGGGGCCAUGGCAACUGAUUCCUGUAGACUGGAAAAAGCUUGCUGCAAGCUACGGUCAGGAUCAUGAGCUGAGCAUUGUCAGGGUAACCUCGUGA